AUGGCCACGGUGACCCUGACGACGCCGCGCUCGGCCCGCCUCAACCCAGGCGCGCCAUUUCUGCCUGGCUUUGUUCCUCACCAAAUCAGAACCAACAAUGCCAAACAGCAAACACUUUCCUAUGCUGCGGGCGGUGAAACAGACAAGCCGUUGACGGCAAGACAGAAGGUGGCAUUACCAAAGAUAGACUUGUCCGUCGUGGAGCACUUGAAGAAUCCCUUCCACCGCUAUGACCUGUCUGCCCGCUCCUUCACCCACGACGAGAAGCGAGAGAUGAAGGACUCUGCCCGAAAUACCUACCGGCCCGACUUGCAGCCUGCGUGGCUGAAGCAUGACCGUCACGUUCUUCGGUUCUACGCCUACUUCCAGGAGGCUGUGCACGAGAACCCGAAGGAGAGUUUCCGGAUCCGAGCUUGCAACGUCUACUUCUACCUGGAAGAUGGGACGAUGAUGGUGACGGAGCCAAAGGUCGAGAAUUCGGGGAUUACGCAGGGGACCUUCGUGAAGCGGCACCGCAUCCCAAAGCCUGAAAGCUUGGGAGGUGGCGUGUAUCGCUUCGAGGACUUUCAGGUGGGUCGGGCCAUCUCAGUCUACUCCCGUGUCUUCCGGCUCAUCGGUUGUGACGCCUACACCAGGACCUUCUACGAGUCUGCCCUGGGCCACACGAUGCCGGAGGACGAGGAGCUCCCCAUGGACUCCUUCAAAGCGGCUGACCUUCCCGACGAUGAGGAGCUCGUAUCUUCAAGGCGCGCAGCCCUUCAAGAAGCCAAGGCAUACAACGAGAGUGCCGUGGGAGGCUGCUGCAGAAAUGAGAAGCUGCAGCAGUAUCUGGAGAACGAUCGGAAGGUUCUGCGCUUCAACACAUUCUGGGAUGACCAUACCAAAUACGGCUCGCGCAAGUACUAUACGAUGCACUACUACCUCGCAGAUGACACGAUUGAGAUGCUGGAGAACAUGUCAAGGAAUGCAGGCUGUGCUCCAUACCCAAUGUUUUGGCGGCGGUCGCCGCUGAGGAAGAACCCAUACAUCGCCCCGGCGCCCGGAAUGCUCGAGCCCCCACCGCAGAUUUACAAGCCUGAGGAUCUCAUCGUUGGCGAGACGAUUGAUGUCUUGGGCCGUGAAAUCGUGAUCUACGACUGCGACGACUUCACCCGCAGCUUCUACAGAAGCUACAUGGGCUUGGAGCAGGCCAGCAUCAAGAUCGACCACCCACCUUUGACCCACGCAAAGCUCCGGUACCCACCGUACAAUGGAUUCGGGUCUGAGGAAGACUCCCUCGCAAGCUGCAAGGGCCUCAUCUGCAAGCCUCCUCGGCGGGAUGAGCAGAAGGAGCUGGCAGAUGCGGACAAGGUGCUCCGUUUUGAGGCAGUCUUGGCAGAUGAUGUGGAGGAGAAUGAAACCAGAAGGUUCGUGGUGGCGAUCUGGCUCGGAGAUGACAGUGUUGGUGUUUGGGAGAUCAAGCAGCGAAACUCUGGGCACUCGGCAGGCAAGUUUGCCAGCAAGUCGCGCAAGAAGAACCCCGCCACGGGCAAAUGGUUUAAGCCGGAAGAGUUCUACAUCGGUGCCACAGUGGCCAUUAGUGCCAGUCCUUUCCACCUCACCGGUGCUGAUGAGAAGGCACUGUGCUACAUGGAGGAGAACUCAGCACAAUUUGUGGUGUCGAAUGCGUCGGCCAUCAGAUCAGAGGCCUGGAAUGCUCUGAUUCGAGACAAAGGCUGGCAGCGACCCUGCGACAAGGAGCUCUUCAUGCUCAUCGAGCUGCUUCUGGCACUAUGCUCGCAUGCCUCUGGCAGCAGCUCAUCAGCCGUGAAGCACGCCGAUGGUGUCUUUGUCUUUGCACCCGCUGGCGAGUUCAGAUCCUGUGCGCUGCUCUUUGUUCGUCUGCUCGACGACGAUGUACGGGCUGCGCGGUCAGAGGAGCUCGGAGGGAAGCGGAUCUUUCCGGUCUUGCGCGCGCAGAGGCUGGGCAGGCUGGCCACGGACCCUUGCCCCGAGAAGUUGAAGGAGCUGUUGUCCUCGAAACCUUUCUACUUCCCUGGCGCACUGGAGGGGUGGCCGGCGCGGAAACGAUGGAGUUCCCUAGAGUAUUUGGAUCGCCAGGCGGGCCACCGGCUGGUACCAACCGAGAUUGGAAGCGAAGUGGGCGCAGAUGGCUGGAAGGAAGAGCUGAUGCCCUUCAGCCGCUUCCUUGAGGAGUUCCUGGCCCCCAGCUGCUCCGGGGCCCAAGGCCAAACCGCAUACCUGGCCCAGCACGAGCUCUUCGAGCAGUGUCCCGUCUUGCGUGCAGACAUCGCUUUGCCACAGGCAUGGCAGCAGGUCCUGGGGGCACCAUCGCGCUGCAAUGCAUGGGUGGGAACGAGCAGGACGCUCACGCCCUGCCACUGGGACUCUUACGACAACUUCUUGGCACAAGUUCAAGGAUUCAAGCGAGUGAUGCUCCUGGCCCCGAGCCAGCGGGCCAAGCUGCAUGUGCGCGCGGAUGCCGGCACUGGGGCCCAAGGCAACAUCUCCCCGGUGAACGUGGAGGAGCCCGACCUGCAAAAGUAUCCGGACUUCCUCGAGGCCGCCCUUCGAAUGCACACAGUAUAUAGGUUAGACGGUGCCUGCAGAGUGCGUGCCCUACCGCGUGUUAACAUGAGGGCACUGAACCGGGUGGGUCCUGCUUCUGGGGCAGCCGUAGCCUCCGUUGCUCUCGCUGCAAGGGUCACCUGGCACAGGAGGGCACGAUGCUCUUCUACGGCAAUCAUGACACUUGUCGAUGGGCACUACCACAUCUACAAGAGCUUCUACGCCACGAAGUACAGCGGGCUCUGCAACCAGCGAGGCGAGCCGACAAAUAUUGUCUAUAGCUUCAUGCAACAGCUUGAGCGGAUCCACCGGGAGCUUGAGCCCUCGCACAUGGCGGUGCUCUUGGACAGUGAAACCUCGUCUUCAUCCCGACGAGAAGUCUUGCCCGAGUACAAGAAAAACCGGAAGUGUCCCCCAGAGCUACUUGAGCAAUUGCCGAAGGUCAUCAAGGCCUGUGAGGCCAUGGGGGUGCAAUGGCGGUCUUCUGAGGACUUCGAAGCCGAUGACCUCAUUGCCUCUUACACGCGCCGAUUUAGUGCCGGGUCAAGAUCUUGCCACGUGAAGAUCGUGUCUUGUGACAAGGACCUCCUCGAGCUGGUGGGCGACCAGGUGGAGUUGCUGGACACCCCUCGACACAAAAAUCGUUCGGGUUUUGUCCGGAUGGACAGAAGUGAGGUCUGGAACAAGUGGGGCGUUCGACCGGACCAGAUCCCGGAUCUGCUAGCACUUAUGGGCGACUCUGCCGACAGCAUCCCUGGAAUACCGGGCAUCGGAGCCAAGAGAGCCGCAACACUGUUGCAAAAGUGUGGCAGCCUCGAGGCCAUCGUCAAGCGGGCAUUCGAGGGCACACUAACAGCGUCGGGCAUUUCCCCACGGAUCUGUGACAAGAUCUUGGCGCACGGCCCCAGGGCUCUGGAGUUGCUCAAACACGUAGUAAGGCUGAAGGACGCCUCAGUGGAGAAGGAGGAGCUCGACUGCUUCAAGGUGCCCGAGCGUGACGAUUCCUGGCGUGACCGUGUCAGCCUCUUCUGCGACUCCGAAGACAUGACAAAGCUGAAGGAGCGCUUGACCUCCAAAGGCAGUAUCACGGGCAAAAAGGGCCAAGGCCAAGAAGGCGAAGAAGCGCCGUCCUUCAUCCCAUCGCGGUCCGACACGGGGAAGGUGCUCGAAGUCCGGACGCCCAACGAAGCCCGUGCGGCACUUGAGCGCCUGGAGCGGUACCCGGAAGCAACCUUCGCUGUGUUCUGCGUGGGGAGCGACGAGCUUUCCAGGAACGCUCAAUGCCUUGCGAUCUACGGAGGUCCCUCCAUCGACCUAGGCCACGGCCGCACCAAAGUCUGGGUGGAUUUGUUGGAACAUUCCGAGGAGAUGCUUGGCUUGUGGCGGAGCUUUCUGGCAAACCACCAAAACAAGGUUUACCACGUCUAUGCGGACACGCAGCGUGGCUUGAGCUGGGGCAGCACGCCGAGCAUCCCGCGCAGAGGCGGCUUUGUUGCAGAUGUAGUGCACCUUGCACGCCUCUUGGAUCCCACCUUGAAGGAGGCCGACUCGCUGCCGUGGCUGGCAGAGAAGUUGCUGGGCCCGACUUGGAAGCUGCAGCGACCACAAGGUGAGGAGGGCAAGAGGAAGGUCCGUGAUCUGCAGCAGGGCAGAUGUCGGGACGAUUGGGUCCAGUUGUGUGGAGACAGUGCAGCCGCCGUGUUUUUCCUCCACCAAGACCUGAAGGCCAGGCUUGCAAAGCAGGCGUGGCAGGCUCCCAAAGAGGCUUCACCUGGAGCGACAUCUUCGAUGCUGGACUUCUACACAGAGCACUGGCAGCCGCUGGCUAUGCUGCUCUCGGACAUGGAGCUUCGGGGCGUUCCAGUCCACGGCGAGAGGCUGAAGGACUUAAUCACUGAGAAGUCCGCCGCGCAGGAGAUGCUCCGGCGCGCCUUCUGCAGCUGGGCAGUCAGUAAAGGUUGCUUGGAUGAGACCUUGGACUCUAUGGUGGAUUUGAACUCCAACCAGCAAUUGGCGCAUUUGCUUUUCGGUUCUGGUGAAAGAGAGUUUGCCGGCUCUGUCGCAGGGGGCUCCCCUUCGAUCCAGCUUUUGCCAGAGGCGGAGCUUUGGGCCCACAAAAUUCCAGAGCUGAAGGAGCUUUGCAGAGACCGGGGUCUGAUGGUAAGCGGCAAGAAGAUUGAUCUCGUGCAGCGCCUUUGCGAUCCUCAGGCUCAAGUGCAAGGCAGGGCACGGCGUUCCCGACCGAGCUUAAAGGUUCGGGGUCUCUGCCUGGAGCAGAGCACGGUCACUGGCACAGCUCGCGAAGGCGGCGUGCAGCUGACCUUGAAAACCUUGCAAGGACUGGUGGAGCGGGAGUGCCACCGGCAAACAGACGCGGCAGAGCCUCUGCAAAGUUUGUUGUCUUGGCGGCAGCAUGAGGCUGAGCUGGGUUUCCUACGGCCCCUGCAAAUUGCUUGUCGCAGGGGUCGGGUCCACCCACAGCUGAACCUGAACACCGCCACCGGCCGCCUUCUUAGUAGGAGCCCGAGCUUGCAGGGCAAGCCGAAAGGAAGCGGCCACGCAGUGCGAUCUUUAGUUGCGGCGCCUCCAGGAAAGUGUUUUUUGGUGGCGCACUAUGGCCAGCUCGAACUAACGCUGGUGGCGCACUUAGCAGACUGCCCCACCAUGAUUGACAUCCUUACGCAGGGGGGCGACAUCCAUUCCAGAACGGCCUACCGCAUGUUCGACGAGGUACGGGACAGCGUGGACGAAGGGAAGGUCGUUUUGGAGGGCGACAUCGGGGGGGCGGCGACAGUGGAAGAUGUUUUUCCGGAGCUGCGCAAGCGCGCCAAGGCGUUGAAUUUCGCUUUGCUGUGCGGGAAGACCGCUUAUUCGGUGACCAGCGAGUGGGAUUUGAGCCAAGAAGAGGCCUCUGCCGUGGUGGAUCGUUGGUUUCGGACUUUCCCAGAGAUCGAGGCCUGGAUGAAGCAGGUAAUGAAGCAGGACGAGACCGACCAAACUGCGGUGGCAACGUUGCUGGGGCGGCAACUCGGCCGUUUGAAGGGGCGAUCCUUCAAAGAGUUGGGUCCGGCAAGACGUGUGGUGGGGAGUGCGCCUGUACAGGGCAGUGCUGCAGACGUGGUCUUGAGCGCCUUGGUAAAGGUGGAGCGCUCAAGCGUGCUUCAACAGCUUGGCUAUCACCUCGUGCUGCAGGUCCAUGAUGAACUUUUGCUCGAAGGACCUGAGGAUCAUGCCAACGAGGCCUUGGCAGAGCUGGUGCGGCUCAUGGAGGACCCCCUCCCAUUUAAGCUCAAAGUACCCCUGACAGUGAAUGCCAGGCAUGCGCAAACCUGGAGUGAAGAAGCAGGGUUUUGA